UGGCGGGCGCGAGCGGCAGCUGUCAGGCUACUGAGGUCCGAGCUGCUCUUGCUGCCCCAGUGAGACGGAGGACGCAGCAGGAGCGGUAACCGUGUCGCUGAGGAGCCGGACUGCCGGCACGCAAAGCUGACCUGCCUGGCACCCGAGGCCCCCUCCCGUCUCUCUCCCAUUGUAUUGGAACCUUGAGAAGAAAGAACAAAACAAGAACAAGGAAAAGAAAACACUAACAUUGUGACAAAGAUCUGACUGGGUUCUCGUGGUUAUAAAACUCCUCCACAACUGGUGCUGCAACAAUGAGUGGGAAAUCCUUGCUCUUAAAGGUUAUUCUCUUGGGUGAUGGUGGAGUUGGGAAAAGCUCACUCAUGAACCGUUAUGUAACCAAUAAAUUUGAUUCCCAGGCUUUUCAUACCAUAGGGGUAGAGUUCUUAAAUCGAGAUCUGGAGGUAGAUGGACGUUUUGUAACUCUCCAGAUCUGGGACACUGCAGGGCAAGAGCGUUUCAAGAGCCUUAGGACACCCUUCUACAGGGGAGCAGACUGCUGCCUCUUGACCUUCAGCGUGGAUGACCGGCAGAGCUUUGAGAACCUUGGUAACUGGCAGAAAGAAUUCAUCUACUAUGCUGAUGUCAAAGACCCUGAGCACUUCCCCUUUGUAGUUCUGGGUAACAAGGUAGACAAAGAGGAUAGGCAAGUGACUACUGAGGAGGCACAAGCCUGGUGCAUGGAGAAUGGGGAUUACCCUUAUCUAGAAACAAGUGCCAAAGAUGAUACUAAUGUGACAGUGGCCUUUGAAGAAGCUGUCAGGCAGGUGUUGGCUGUAGAGGAACAGCUGGAACAUUGCAUGUUAGGUCACACUAUUGACUUGAACAGUGGCUCCAAAGCAGGAUCUUCAUGCUGUUAAAAGUAGGAAGCCUUUUAGAAUCGUACCCCCAAAUUGUUCAGUCAAUAGUGUCAGAAUAACUGUGCCCUUCUAAGAGUGCACACACACGCAAAAGGAUAAGAGAGAAGAUUAUGGUUGUGUGUCAGAGCCUUUCAAAUUGAGGUUGUAGAGUGAUUAAAAAAAAAAAGCUUUGUCAAGCCAAGUGUAUUUUGCGUGAUUUCUGCUGUUUCCUUCUUGUGUGUAUCAGGACAUUUCAGAAAGCAUUAGUCCUGAGAGAUUUAAAUAUUUUUCAAAUUACAGUUUCAACUUAGAACCCAGCAGCAUGAAGGAGUUAACAAGCUACAGCUAUCCCUUAAAGUGUUCCAUUAGUCAACUAACAAAUGUCACCCUGGACUCUUGGCAAGCAGUUUCUGACAUUUCUGCCAAAGGAGAAAAAAAGACUCUGAGCUGUAUCAUAAUAAAAACUAAUAAUGCAAACAAGGAUGUCCCAAGCUUCAACUAAAAAUAGGUUUUGAUAAAUUAGGAAUCUAAGAGUAUAAUGAUGUACACUACCUUGUUUAAGUUCUUAUAUGUGGUUUCUUCCCAUGUGAGCUUUUCAAAGAAUAUCUCAGUAAGAGAUACAAUGAUGGCACUGGAACUUGAUUAUACUCUUUGUGUUUGAAGUAAUAGGGUACUAGUGAAUAGAUUAUGCUUAAAUAUGCCAACCACCCUUGCAAAUAAAUGGUUGGUCUGUUUUUACUUCAUAAGUCUCCUUUUGCUGCAUAGGGAUGUUGCUUCUCUGACAACAUCUUAUCAAUUUAGCAAUGCUGCUUAGUGUAUGGCUUUGGAUGAAGUACUCUCUGCUCAUAAUAAGUGAUGGUCCUUUGGUCCACCAUGCUCUGUUCUCAGAGAAACCUUCAGAAAAGAUGGGGGGUAAUGGCCUUUUUUCACAAGGUUCCUUAACUCGAAUACUUAUUGUAGAAGGAACUAAUAUCUUGUAUGUUGCCCUGUAUGUUCAGCUGACCAAACAAGGACACUAAAAGUAACAAGAAAGCCGAGUUUAACCCAGUGGUGGAACGAAUUUCUCAUAGAGUUGUCCCACAGUGGAAUGGACUGCCUUAAUAGUGAACUCCCUUCCAAUGAAAAUAUUCAAGAAGAUACUAGAUUGGCCCUGUUAAAAUACCAUAAAAAGAUUUUCUGUACUGGCUAGAUGUUUGGUUUAAGGUCCCCUCCAGCUCCAAGUUCUAUGAAUCUGCAAGCUACAAACUAUGUUUCAGUGCCAUGUUAUCAUUACAUGUAUCUGAAGACAACAGCUAAGACUUUGGAGAGGGACAUUUAAAAUUCUCAAACUAUUCUGGGAUCACCAUUUAACAGCAACUACACAGCUCUAUCCUUUGUACAAUAGCAGGAUAAAUUCUUGAUCUCUGAGUAGACAUUAUGUGCCCUGAUAUAAAUAUCCUAAAAAUACUAUAUUAAAAGACAAAAAUGGUUUGUCAAAUUUUGAUUACCAUGACUGCUAUCUAUAUACUGUAUUAUAGAUAUACAGUCAAGUUCAUGUUGUCCUGCAGUCUAGGAUGUUCCGCAAAGUUUUCAAUCUGUACUUUUAAAAGAUCUAUGAUAAAAAUAGUGACUCAAGGUAGUGCGGGACAGUUAGAAAUGACCCCCCAAAAGACACAUAGUCUGGUGAGGAAGCAGAAGCUUUUACAAGAAUACAGUCUAGAACUCUCCAUUGACACCACAUAUGGAAUCAGCCUUACACACAGGACCUUAUGUGCUUGGACAUUUGGGCUACAUAGACAAGUGUAAGAUGGUAUUUCAACCCAGUCAUAUUCAAUAUUUCCAAUUUAAAUAUAGUCAUGACCCCUUUGUCCAAGUAAUUUUGAUAUCAGAAGUCCAAGCCAGAACUGGAACCCCACAGCUCUUAAGUAAUGGUCCCUAUCCUGCCUAUGCCUAUAGCCAGCCACACUGGUUUCCAAGUUCUAUGAUUGUUUUGCUACAAUCAUGUUAGGGUGAAAAUCUGUACAUCAGAACUGUUAAAUGCUUGUUGUUUUUAAGUGCAUGAGACCUGGGGCCUUCUCCUUCUAUUUGCACUCUGCUUAUAAUAGUUUUAUUUGUAGAUCUCAGGCUUAUGUAAAGAACUCCAUCCACUCACAAAAGUAUUUGUCACUAUUAGAAUGGCAUGUAGUCAUUUAAGUAAAAAAAUUAUGUGAGUAGCCUAUUCAUUGACCUCCUGUCUAACCAAGGCAAGUGUUAAUUUUAUUGACAGGUCAAAUGAAGCCCCUUUCCUCUUAGCCAUAUCAAUUUUCUUCUGCCAAGUCACUACACAAUAUAUUAAUAAAAGCAGUUAACACUAAGUGGCAUUUUCGGUGCGUUAACACUCAGUGGGGUGCUGACAUACAGUUUGGGUAAGAUUAUAAAACACCAAAGGCUGAAAUCUGUGAGUACCAGGAACUGUGCAUAUAGGCUAGAAUGUGCAGUGCAAUAUUUUCAGAACUUUUUUUUAAUGAACGCUGGAUUUUUUAAAUAUUUCUAAUUGGAACUAUGCUGUUUUCAAUAGUCCAUUAAAACAUCAUACAGAAAAUUUUUUAGUUUAUUGUCAUGUAUUAGGCUAUCAUUCAGGGGGCCUCAGAUUCCAUAUAUCUUCAAGUGGAUUGAUGAAUUUCAGGUUAAUUUGUGCCUGCCUCAGCUAUCUCUAUUUUACCUUGAGGUAUUCUAUGAUCCUCUCCUUGCAGGUGCUGCUAAAUACUCAAAAUUGUGAAUCAGACAUUUUGUUUCAACUGUAAAAAAAGAAAUCUGUGUUAAAGUGAAUAAAAAGUGCAUUUUGAAUAACCAGUA